AUGCACAGUGUCGCCAGACUCUCCUUCCUCAGGACACUAGGUUCCUUGAAGCACGCAAGCACAUCGCGUGCCGUGUCAUCAUUUACCCCGAAAUAUGUUGGAGUGACCUACAAGUCAUCGUCCGUCUCAACUCGAUUCCCUUCGCUAGUACGCGCGAAUUCAUCAAUUGCAAAUGCCCAGGCCACACCCUCUAGCAGCGCUAACGAGGAUCCCUGGCCUCUCCAUCUAAGAAACCAAAAGUGGGAGUCGUUGCAGCUCGGUCAUGAAGGUCAAGCCAGCAAUUUUGGGACGUUUUGGCUCCGGGACAAUUGCCAAUGUUCCAAAUGCAUUCAUCCAGACACAAGACAACGAACUGUUGAUACGUUUGCGAUUCCUGAUGAUAUCCGUGUCAAAGAUCUCAGUUAUGAAAAGGAUGGUGUGAAGGUAGAUUGGUCGGACGGGCAUCAUGCCUAUUAUCCAUUUCCGUGGCUCAAGAGCCAUUCCAACAAGCCUGUUUCCAAGCUGGAACCGAAGUCAGAACUACAUUUCAGAGAGAUCAAGUCAUACGUUCCGGGCAGAGACACGACAUUUCCAACAUUUCCUUACGCAGAUAUCAUGGCCGACGAUGGUGCUCUGCGUGACUGGCUUGAAGGAAUUUACGACUGGGGAUUUGCUUUUGUACAAGGAGUUCCUACCAAUCCCGAAUCAACCGAGGCUCUCCUAAAGAGGAUUGCUUUCAUCAGGAACACUCAUUACGGUGGAUUCUGGGAUUUCACGGCCGAUUUGACUUUCAAGGACACCGCAUAUACGACGGAAUUUCUCGGGGCACAUACGGACAACACCUAUUUCACCGAUCCUGCGAGGCUCCAGCUAUUCCACCUUCUAUCCCAUACCAAUGGAGACGGCGGCGCCAGUCUGCUUGUUGAUGGUUUCCGGGCUGCUUCAAUUCUUCGUGAAGAGAGCCCGCAAGACUUCGAGGUAUUGAUGUCAACAAACCACCCUUACCACUCAAGUGGUAAUGAGGACGUAUGCGUGCAACCGGCGGAGCAAGCUCCAGUCCUCAAGGUUCACCCUGAACUACAACGGCUAUAUCAGAUUCGCUGGAACAACUAUGACAGAGCCGCCAAGAAGAACUGGAACUGGGAGGAACAGGUCAAGUGGUAUACGGCCGCACGGCACUGGGACGAGAUAAUUCGUCGCAAAGACAUGGAGAUCUGGACACAGCUUGAACCAGGGACAGCCCUCAGUAAGUGUUGCAGGGAGCGAUGUUUGCGAACAGGACUAAUUUUCCCAAGUCUUCGACAAUUGGAGAAUGCUUCACGGUCGCUCGGAAUUCACAGGAAAGCGCAGGAUGUGCGGUGGAUAUAG